AUGCGUCUUUCAGGGCGCGCUCCGGAAGUCACAUGUGGGUGUGUUGAAACAGUUGCCAGGUUUCCUGUUGUCUUCAGCAAGUAUCAACUUGAAUUUUCUAUUUCUAUUUGAAUUUUCUGUGGACAUCAUUGUGAAGCAGAAUUGUUGCCAAUUCAAUAAAGGAAUCCAAAGGGGUCCUGGAAGUUGAGUCACUGGAUAAAUUGCAGAACCUAGAUUUUAGAUCUCUACAGCCAAGAUGUAAUUAUAGCAAGAUGUACAUCCAGACAGUGUCUCUGUGUAUAGCUGUUGGAACAUGCCCCGGAGCUGCCUGCCACUCCCUGGGACCAAAGGGGAAACUCUUAUUUCUUUAACAUUUGGAAAUAACGCAUCUAUUUUGAAGAUUAGACCUUAAGGGUUUUGGUAAAUCAAUAAGGGGAUUUUCCCACAGAAACAAUGUCUUCGGGCCCAGUAGCACCUUAUACGUACACACCCCUGAAUCUACUCAAGAAUGGCACAGUUGUCAAUGUCUGUGGUGUUGUGAAGUUCUUUAAGCCUCCGUACCUAAGCAAAGGAACCGAUCCAAGUAUAUAAAAACGAGCUUCAGGGAAUCAGCCACUAUGGUUUUGCAUCUUUGACUUUUGAUGGCGCGUUAGGGUCUCCUGCUGUACGGCACACUUCAAGCAAAAGCUUUAACUUCACUGUUCUGGACCACCAUAUGGUAGAAGCCUUGCGGGCUUGGGCAUGCACGCAUGUUUCAGCUUCUUCCACCUUACUGCAGCUCUCUGACGCCCAACCCAUGCAGUAUUGUGACCUGACCUGCCAGCUCCUGGGCAAAGCACAAGUGGAUGGAGCAUCAUUUCUUCUAAAGGUAUGGGAUGGCACCAUGACGAAGUUUCCCUCUUGGAGAGUCUGCAUACAAGACCUUGCUUUUGAAGGUGACUUAGGUCACAUUCUGCGGCUACAGAAUCUGGUGGUAGACAUUGUAGUUUAUGAUAAUCAUGUCCAAACGGCAAAAUCCCUGAAGAUUGGAAGCUUCCUUAGAAUCUACAGCCUCCAUACCAAACUUCAGCCCAUUAAUUCAGAGUCCAUGACUUCACUGGUAAGGCUAGAGUUUCAUCUUCACGGAGGGACCAGCUAUGGUCGGGGGAUCACGGUCUUACCGGAAAGUAACUCUGACGUAGAUCAGCUGAAAAGGGCUUUAGAGUCUGUAGAUUUGACAACCAUUCAGCCUUCAAAUGAUACCUGUCAAUCAGAAAAUGAGGACCACUGUUUAACACCUUCAAGCUCCAAAUCAGAUUUGGUCUCACUGUACGAGGUAGAAAGAUGUCAGCAACUCUGUGCUACAACACUUACAGAUCACCAUUAUUUAGAGAAGACACCACUGUGUGCCAUUUUGAAGGAAAAAGCCCCUCAACAAUAUCGAAUCCUAGCAAAACUGAGGUCAUAUGAGCCCAAACGACUUUUCCAGUCUGUUAAACUACUUUGUCCUAAAUGUCAUUCAUUGCAAGAAGUUCCAUAUGAGGAAAAUGUGGAUAAAAUUUUGCAAGAUGCUGCAACUAAAGCCCCAGAUAGCAAGCUGCAGGAUACAUCAUUGUAUGAGUCAGAAGUCUGGACCACUGAAGGUCAAGGAGGGCGACAGGUCGCUGUCCAUUUUGUGAAAAGUGAUGGCGUCCUCCCUCUCUCAAAUGAAUGUCUAAUUCUGAUUGAAGGAGGACGGCUCUGUGAAAUCUCUAAACUGUCAAGCAUCUUUCACAGUGUGAUCCCUGUGAAGUCAGGCCCCGAGGACCUGGAGCUCCUAGACAUUGCAGCACCAUUCCUCAUCCGAGGAAAGGUGUGUCACUAUGGAUGUAAACAGUGCUCAAACUUGAAACCCAUACAAAACUUAAGUACCAUUCCUAAUAAAAGACUGUGGAUUCCUUCCUCUGUGGCAGCAGUUCUAGGCAUUGUUCCUCUGCAGUAUGUGUUUGUUAUGACUUUCACUUUUGAUGAUGGAACAGGAGUAUUAGAUGCUUACCUCAAGGAUUCUGAGAAAUUUUUCCAGAUCCCAGCAUCAGAAGUCCUCACUGAUGACGACCUUCAGAGGAAUCUGGAAAAAAUCAUGAAUGUGAUUUGUCCUCCAGGAAUAAAAAUUGAUGCAUACCCUUGGCUGGAAUGCCUCAUCAAGUCCUACAAUGUCACAGUUGGAACGGAGCAGCGAAUAUGUUACCAGAUAUUUGACACCAUGGUUGCAGAAGACAUCAUCUAGUCCUGAUGUUCAGUUCAGUGUGUGUGGGAUUUUGAAAUCACUGUGUGUGAUUUUCAGAACACACUUUAAUAUUCUUAAAGUACCAUCCCAUUUUCACUGUAGUUUAAUUUAUUUUGUAUAGAAAGGCAUUUCUUGUGAAUGUAUUAAAAUAUCUUUUUGCUCAGCAAACCCAGGGUGACCACAAAAGUUAAAAAAUAAGGCCACACUUUGUGUGGAGGGACCAAAUUUUUAUUUCUUCUUUCAGUUUCUUUAAAGGAGCUGUACUGUUAUUAGACACUGAAGAUCCAUUUCCCAUCAUGAAACACUUGUUUCUUUCUAUUCUGUCCACCCACCAUCCCCUAGCUGUGUUUCUUUUCCUGUCGUGAGUUUUAUACCAGCAGUUGAUAUUAAUGUGCACGUAGAUAAGAACACGUUCUCUACUUGAGGCUCCUGGCUUUCAUUGAUAAGACAGUGGUGGCUACUUUUCUUUCAUCCUAUUCCAUUUUACUUUAUAUAUGUACAGAGGAAUUUCUUAGCCAGUCUUGGGAAAGGAAGUCUUCCUGUGCUUUUAUACACAAAUACCUGCUUAACUGAGUUUGACUUAAACAAAUGUGAUGGCAGAUAUCCUUCUGUUAACUAUGAAUAUGUUUUAUUACCAUUGGUUAAUUAAAGAAGCUGAUUUGGCCAAUAGACAGGCAGAAUGUAGCUAGGUAGGAAAUCCAAACAGAGAUGGAGAAAGAAAGAAAGAAAGAAAGAAAGAAAGA